UAUCAAAAGACGUAGCGGAACAAGAGGAAAACUUAUGUUGUUAUAUCUGCUUGGAACUGUAUGAUAAACCAAGAACUUUACCUUGUUUACAUUCUUACUGUCAUGUUUGUUUAGUUGGGUACGUUAAACGAGCCUUUGAUGAGGGAAAGCAAACAAUUAAUUGUCCCAUUUGUAGAGCCAACACAAAACGGAACAGAAGUGUAGUCGCCGGUGAUGCAGAGAAGUGGGUGGAGAAUUUGCCUAUUAAUGUUGAACUAGUUUCCAUUCUAAGCAGCAAGAAAAGGCCGCUGUCAGACGUUGGAUGUAAAUGUGAUCAAUGCCUUAGGGACGAAAUGGAAGCAUCUGCAACUGUCUAUUGUUACGAGUGUUCAGAGAAAUUAUGUGAGAAAUGCAAAGAUAUGCACAAGAAAGUAAAAAUUUCAUCUAUUCAUAGACUAUGUGAUAUUAACAAACAAGAAGAUGUUGCUAAACUUGAACAUUUAAAAUCACUAACUAGAUGCCCCAAGCACCUGUCUGACGAGGUCAGAUACAUCUGCAAAGAUCAUGACCAAAUGUGCUGUAAUGAAUGCGCAAUUUUGGAGCAUAGAAAAUGCAAUGAAGUGGUGUCUAUUGCCAAAGAACAGGUAGACAUAGGAAGAUCUGUGUAUGGAACAAGUUACAAAUUACAACAGUUGAUCGAAUAUUUGGAGGUAUUAAUUGGUUAUGAAACAAAACACCAGUCAACUGUCAAAGCUUGUAAGACUGAAAUGAAAGAUAAAUUCAAACAAAUAAAGAAGCGAAUUGAUUCAGCAUUCUAUGCAAUGGAGAAAGCUGUCUUUGGCGAAUUUGAGGAGAAGAGUAGCUUAAUUCUUAAGGAAAGUACACUUCAUAAAGAAGAAAUUGAGUCAUUGCAAUCUGAAAUUAAACAUUCACUGGUCGAAAUGGAAACAGCAAAAGAAUUCGGCCAGCCGUUGCAUCUGUUUCUUGUUGACAGAAUCUUACAAAACCAAUUAGCAAAAUUUGAAGAUAGUACAAGUCAAAUACAUGACAAAAUGAGUAAGACAGUUGUUCGUGUGAUUGAAGACAAUAUAUGUAAAGAACUCGAUCGAAAUAUAGCUGCUUGUCUCAAAAUGAAAAUUGAGCCUUCCGGUUUUGCUAUUCCAUCGAUUCCAAGAAUCUUGAAGUAUAAAUCGUGGUUAGAAGCAACUGAAACAAACGUUCGUCGUCAAACUAAAGCACUUUACCAUUCAAGUAAUACAAAAAGAUACGUACCAGUCAUUGAUCACAGUCGUCCACAAGACAGGAAUAAAAAGAAUGAAGAAUCAACAAAACCAGACAUUAAUGUAAGAAAUGUUGUGUUCAAUGGAGCAGAUGAUGAUUUCGGUGAAAUUGAUGAUAAUGAUACAAGGUUAGAUGACUUGGAAUCCAUAAAGCGUGUGAGCUGCUCGAGGUUACAAAAGAAGGAUAAAAGGAAACAUAGAAAGAACUGAGAUUUAAACGCAUGUUGUAUUAAUGUAAUUAUUGUAAUUUAGUCAUGAAAAAUUGACUACAAACAUGUUAAAUAAUUUCAGUUCAACAAGUAUGGUUGUGCGUGCGUCUUGAAAGUGGAGGAGCAUGAUUCAACUAAUAAGUUUAGAAUGUUUCAGGUAGUUCAUGUAACAUUAGAAAUAAGCCUUUUUGGUACUGUACAUUUCUGUAUACUGUAGUUGGAAUUUACAUGGACAACUUUUUUGCAGCAUCGAAUCUUUGUUGAAUUAGCAAUCACAAUCUUGUUAAAGAGAUCAUGCGUUGUAAAGUGUACAGCCAGUGCAAAUUAUUAAUUGUGUUCAAGUACAUAACUUCAUAAAAAGAACAAUUAUCACUUGGUGGUACUUCUAGGUCUUAUUUUUUAGUUAUAUGUACAAAAGUUUACUUACCUUUCCUCCAGUGAAUUUUAGGCUUUAUUAUAUGUAUGUACAUGCUUUCUACAGAGGAUAACUUUUGGAAAGAUCAGUUUUGUUUUUCGACUUUCCGAGAUUGAACAUAGUUUUGUUACCAUCUACUUUUUAUUAUCUUUAUAGCGAUUGUGUGUAGCAUGUAUGUAGUCUGGUAGUCUUCAAGGUAGUCCUAGCUAUGAAAUUGUUACAAAACAUGUAUUUCAGAUUUGACAAUUGAGAACGAAAGUUGCAAAGAACAGAUGUAUUUCAAAUGAGACACGUGUAUCAGUUUUCAAUAUGCACACUACUUUGACAAGUGAGUAAGACGCCAAUGUCGUGAAAAGAAAUUUUUGAAAAAGAGCUCGAUAUCCAGUACGACGCUUUUGGGCUCGACUGCAAACUUUAUACAUAAAUAUGUAAUUUGACUAUAUCCCUUGUAAAUAUGACAAAUGUCUGCAUGCUAUUUAAAAUGCCCUUUCAUGUAGAUAAGCGUAUCUACCAAAGCUGUUGGUUCUACUUUAUCUGCUAAUUUCUUUUACUGUAAGCCCCAUUUUGGUAGAGUAAAAACACAUUUAGCAUGUAAACAUAUGUUUAUCAAAGCAACUUAAUAUUUUGGAUAUCUCUGACAUUUCCAAUGAUUAUUAUUGAUCACUAUAAACAUAAUGGUUGGAUGUGCUACUUUAUGAAACAUUUAAUCAACGUGGCUAUUUAGCGUUUUGUUGCAGAUGUUAAGUUUUGACACGGGUAAGAUUAUUAUGAAAUUACGUUGAUGUCCACGCAAAAAUUACUUGUAUAUGUUAGUAACUAUCCCUGUUUCUCGUAUUCUCAGGGUUUCUCAUAUUCUCGUUUUUUGCCUUAAAGUUGUCAAAUAAUUUAAUGUUUGUUACUUUCUAGACAGGAAUGGUACAAAACUGACACACUGAAAAUUUCAAGUGAUUUCAACGCAUAUUGACGAAACUAUCAGCAUUUUACUCAAUGUUAAAAAAAAUCCUUAUUUUUUUCUGGUGGUGUUGGCAAAUUUGCGAUAGAUUAUUGAUUAUGCAAUUAAUUGUCAUAUUUCUUGAUGUAUUUACUACAGAAUAUAUCUUUUUAUUACACAAUGGUAAUUUUAGUGUUUUAAAUUCUACAACAUAUUUGUGAUGAAAAGUCAAAUCUAAAUCCACGGGAAUACGAGAAACUCUUGGUCCAUUUCUGCGGGUGAGGGUGGUAUCAAAUACAGUCACAAAAUAAUUAAAUGGGAUAAUUUCUGUAACAUUUUAUGACUCCAUCUGAAAGACAAGUGAAUUUUCUACAAAAUAACACCCAAAUGCUGUUUAUGAAAUGGUUAAUCUGUUACUGGGAAUAAAAACAACCCCUUAAGCCCCUGAGAAUAUGAGAAAACAGGAUAUAGACAAAGUCGGGUUCAGAUAUUAUUUUUCAUGAAACAUACCUGUAUUGGAUGUAAGAUAUGAAAAGGAAGCUGGAUUGCGCUUGUCCUGCAAAUAAAACUUUGAU